AUGGACACCACUCGUGGUUUCCAAUUCCCCGUCGAGGGCCUCGAACGGAGACAUUCGGAUACUUGCAUUCCCCAGCAGCCAAUGGCCAUGCCGAUCACUUCGCAACAAAGUACUGAAUAUCAAAACCCACCCCCACACUACUUCAUGGUCUACACAGACCACAAUGGCCAGGUACACUAUGAUACCUCUGCAUCGUUCGCCGGCUGCGAAGGCACAAUCUUCACACCAGAUGUGACCAACCGAUUCAUGGAAUUGACCGGCCAAAGUGGCCAGGUCGAUUCGCAAUUCUCCAGCCCCUCAGCACGAGAACCCCACUCUUGGGGUGUACAGUCCACAUGGGGUCCUCCCCAAAGACGGGUCGAUAUGAUCCCAUGCGAACUGACAACAAGUCAAAGUCGAAAGAAGACGAAGCGAUCCGGGGGCAUCGUCAAGUCUCGACCAAAGUCCACCUCUCCCCCACCCACCACACCACCACCAGGACGAACUGUGCUGCGAGUAGGAAACCGAGCCCUACUGCGACGGUACUACGAAAAAGCCUUUGAAGACUUCCAGCAGCUCAAUUGCCGAGCCAUCGCAAAGUCAUACAUCAAGCUCGUCGAGCCUAGGAAACAAGUUCAUUACCCAUACAAUGGACGUCGAUCCAUUGCUGGUGUUGCGCAGACCGACAAUCCCGAGCAAACCAAGCCCGGAUGGUGGCCCGCUGGGGUCGUUCACAAGGAGCCCGAUCAUCUGCUCAAGCCAGAUCGCCUCCGACUCCUCGUCCACAUCCUCUGUGAGCUGAAAGAUAGCCAUGGAGUGACAACAGAGAAACUGCGAGAUGCAGGCCAAGACGUGAGACGCCAGAUUACACCCGCUCACCGGCUGCGCGUGCUCGAUGAGAUCUACUAUGUACGACACAUGGAAGAGAGGUACCUAGACGGCGAGAUCGACGCCAACACCAUGAUCCAAGUGACUCAGACCCAUCUCCCAGAAGCGAUCUUCCAAGACCGCGGCGAUAUCUCCUCCCUUGCUCACGCAGCACCAUCAACAGGGCCGUCACUUGAGACAGACAGUGAUGUGCGCGAGGCAAGUGAUGACCUACGGAUCCCCAAGCUGGAAGAAGACUCCAAGCCACAGCGCUCGCACGGCCUGCCCCUCUCACCCACCACCAGUGAGUCCAGCGGCCCUCAGAGCCCGACUAGUGGAUAUGGAUACGGCAUGGUCAUGCCACCAUCGGUGCAGGUCAUUCCUCCCCAUGAGUCGCCGAAUGUUUCCAAGCCUAUGCAUCCUGACCCGGCCUAUAUGAACGGGUAUUACACACAGCCUUUUGUCUCUGAGAAAGGGCCGGCCUUCUGGCCUCAUACCAAUUCUGUGUCUCAGUAUGGGUACUGA